GCAACAACAAAGACACACCCCUAACCUCGCUAUGAAGUUUACAAAAUGGCGACUAAAUUGGGUCUGUUGAAAAAUAUGCUAUCGUCAAUGAAAUCAUCAAAAGGAUUUGAUAAAGUGUACAGAAAAUUACAGGUUUUGGAUGCAACUGAAGGGAGAUGCACAUUAAGCUGGAAGGUUGAUGAUGAUCUUCUUAACAUGCAAGGCACUCUGCAUGGAGGGUUAAUCUCCAGUGUUAUUGAUACUGCAACUACCAUGGCACUUACUACAGCUGGAAAAGGGAAAAGAGGAGUCAGCUUGGAACUUAGUGUCAGCUAUAUCAGUGCAGCAAAACUAGGGGAAGUUCUCACCAUUCAAGCAAAUUGCAAGAAGGUUGGAAAUACAAUAGCAUUUACAGAGUCAUCAAUUACAAAUGAAGAUGGAAAACUCAUAGCCACUGGAAAACACACUAAAUUUGUUGGUGAUGUUGGAAAGAAAGAAAGCUAACAGCAAUGAAAUUUUACUGAUAGAUUUUAAGCAAUUAUCAUACAAAAUAGAGUGUGUAUUUGCUUCAAUACAAGCAACUGGAGAGUGGACAACCAAGUAUUGUUUGA